AUGGCAGCACUUUGCUUCAUCCACCCUCUAAACUUCAUUCUUUCAGGCCUCUUGUUGACCUUGAAUGACAUCCUAAGAAACCUCCAUGAUUAUGGGAAUACAUCACAUCUCUUCUCAAGCAAUUAUAUGUCCACCGUUUGGCCCUUCCACAUCAUAUCCAUCAUUUUCCUCUUUGGUUUUUCUAUCUCAUCCACCGCCGGUGUGUCUCAAACCGUUGCCGCCUUAUACACCGGCCAAAAACCGUCCAUUAAGGACACAAUGAGCGUGGUAGUCAAGGUUUGGAAGCGUCUUCUCGUCACGAAUCUUUGUGUUAUUCUGGUUUUCUUGAUAUAUCAUAUGAUCGUUGGACUUGCUUUGUUCAUCAUUAUUUUGCCAUUAGGAACAGUUGAUAGAACAACUUUGGGUGUGGCUUUUGUUUUUUAUUUUGUUGGGUUGUUGUAUUUGGUAGUGGUGUUACAAUUGGCUGGUGUUGUUUCUGUGUUGGAAGAGUCUCGUGGGUUUAAAGCCAUGGCGAAGAGUAGGUUGCUCUUGAAGGAAAAUAUGGUAUCUGCGACAGUCAUCGUGUUGGCGAUUUCUUCUGGCUUUGGGAUUUUACUAUGGCUAAAGUCUCUUACUAGAAUGAUGCUUUUUUCGCCGUCGGUCGCUAUCUGGAUGCAUGUGUUGGCCACCUUGUCAUUAGACUUGUGGGUUUUGGUUUUCCUAUUAUGGAGUCUUGUAUCAGAGACGAUGUUCUAUUUUGUGUGUAAAUCGUAUAACCAUGAGAGUAUCGACAUGUCGACUGUCUCAGAUCAUGAUCCAAUUCUUUUAGAAAUCCGAGAGUAUUAA